AUGGCACAGUGGGCCUUCUCUCCCGCCCCUCAUCCGCCUCCAGCACUCCCGCCCCUCGCACUUCAACAGGAGCCCCGGCCAGACGGCGUAUCUAUUAAUGCCGACCGUCUCUGCGCUGCCUUUCGAGGCGCACCCAUUCACGAUUGUGAGCAUCGACACGACCAACGAGAUUGGCGCCGCGGUGAUCCAGAGAGGGAGCUUAGGGGCAACUCACCGUACUGGAAGGAGCUCGUUUUCUUGAUCAAUGUUCGGAAAGGGUUCACGAAGCGCCUGCUCAUGUAG